UUUACCAGUACUCUUCCACACCAGGCACGUUACAGGUGUUGGAAAAUAUUGCGAAAGAUCAUCAGCUCGCUAGCCGGAGGUGCGCGCGCGUCAGUGCUCCAGUGCCACCCGCAGUUUUCCGGCAUUUUCCACUCGUGACCACUGUGCAAUUCUGGAUUUGUGCGUGAAACAUGUCAGUGUCUGUGAUUGAUUUACUUCUCAGUUCGUAAUAAAUUUAUCAAAACAAACAACAGUCGUCGGCUCGACCCCUGUAGCGGGCCGAGUGUUUUCCACCAGUGUUUGUCGUAUCUGCUAUAACGUCUUACUCGGGAAAUUUUGUUUGUCCCCCCGAAGUGCCUCCGCCCGUUUUUAAGACGAAGCCAAAAUUUUGGCAGCGCGGUCUGGACGACGACGAGGAUACCUGGUUCGAGGAGUACAAUAGUUUCAGGAGGCGGCGUGAGUCGACAGGAGGCGGUCAGGGUGAGGAGGAGGCGGAGGGGCGGCUGAUGGAGGGGAGUGAGGGGGGCCAGGGGGCCGUGACCGAAGAUGCGGGGGGCGGAGGGGGCGGUUGGCGUGCCUACUACGAGCACCCCCUCACGGCUGCCACCUCCGCGAUGCUCAACAUCGGCUCGUCUGGCGCCCCCGACGAGAUGGCUGCCCCGGCUGCGCCGCCCCCACUCGUCUACGAGUACUACAAGCUGCCGCAACUCACGGCCACCGACCGUGAUAAGCAGGCUGCUCUAGCCGACAUCUGGCCAGCUGGUACAGCAGGGACGGGCGCAGGCUCAGGAGCCCUUCUGACGUCACAGCUGAAAACGAUAAACGGCGUAGUCGGGGGCUCAGCCCUCGAACUAGGAGGGCCCCCCCUGGGAGACCUCGGUCUCUUCCUGCACCACCCCAAUUCCCACCCCAUCAAGCGGGAGCCCGAAGACCUCAGUCACCAUCGGAAGCAGUCAACGCAAAACGCCGCUGAUAAGGGCAGGCAUAAGGUGCUAGUGGUGACAUCGGGCGGCCAGGACCUGGUUGUUGAUGUGGUGAACAACAACACGACCGUAAAGGACGAGUUCGUGCACUCGCCGGCGCAGCGAUCGCUGAACGGGGGCGGCACACCCUCAUCAACAUCCUCCCUCAUCACCGGCGACGUCAACAGCGAACUGAUCGCCACCGCCGACGGACUCAAGCCGGCCGCCAUGUACAACAGUUCGCACAUUUUCACGACGGCCAUCACGCCGCAUGGCUCCAACACUCCCUCGCCCAUUCCCUACUCCGAGCACGGCCAGCAAUACACCACCACCGUGUCUCAGGCCACCACUGGAGGAUCGUUCACGGAGCCCUACUACCGCGGCGAGUACUUUGGCAGCGGAGGCGGCAGCGUGGACGCUGGCGGUGCCAGUCCCUACCGCAGCGUGGCGGGAGUGGGCGGCUACGAGAGCGGUGGCGUAGCGACGGGGGCGGGAGCGGGGGCGGCAGCCUUUGUGGAGCGCUACGUGCGGCAAAACAGCGCCGCCUACCACGGCAGUAAGGGUGUCAUCGCCGCCGCCGGCCUCACCGUCGACCUGCCGUCACCUGAUAGUGGCAUCGGGGCCGACGCCAUCACGCCUCGUGACCAGGCUCAAAUCCAACAGACGUUCGACUACACGGAAAUGUGUGGAGCCGGUCAACUGCUGGACGGUGGCAGUCGACCCGCGCAUGCGUCCCCCUCCCCCGGCGCCCGGUCACGGCCCUGGCACGACUUUGGACGCCAGAACGACGCCGACAAAAUACAAAUACCAAAAGUUUAUUCUCAACAUGGCUUCCGAUACUUCCUUGAGACACCGAUCUCGACCAAUCAGAGAAGAGAGGAUGACAGAGUCACGUACAUCAACAAAGGCCAGUUCUACGGAAUUACCAUGGAAUACACUCCAGACCCGGAUAAGCCUUUGAAAACACAAACUGUUAAGAGUGUUGUGAUGCUGAUGUUCAGAGAGGAGAAGAGCCCUGAGGACGAGAUCAAGGCGUGGCAGUUCUGGCAUGGCCGGCAGCACAGUGUCAAACAGAGAAUAUUGGACGCAGGUAUAGAUACCAAAAACAGUGUGGGACUCGUUGGCGUAAUAGAAGAGAUCUCUCAUAAUGCCAUUGCUGUCUAUUGGAAUCCAAUGGAGAGUCCUGCCAAGAUUAAUAUAGCAGUGCAAUGUUUAAGUACGGACUUCAGCAGUCAAAAAGGUGUUAAGGGAUUACCACUCCACGUACAAAUAGACACCUACGAAGACCACAGAGACGGACCAGUCUUCCAUAGAGGCUACUGCCAAAUUAAGGUUUUCUGCGAUAAGGGUGCUGAAAGAAAGACGCGUGAUGAAGAGAGACGAGCCGCCAAACGCAAGAUGACAGCCACUGGCAGGAAGAAGAUGGACGAACUGUACCAUCCACCCUGCGAGAGGUCCGAAUUCUACAGUAUGAGCGAUCUCGUCAAACCGCCUGUCCUUUUCUCACCCGCGGAGGACAUUGACAAGUCUCUUUCUGUUUUUCAGUUAACGUCGAUGGAGUUGCAGGGAUUCUACGGCCAUGAAACUGACACUUCAAGUUUAUCGAAUGGCGAGCCAGGAUCUCUGAAGCACUCGUCGCCUUUCCUCCUGCACUCGGGAAAAGCGCCAGGUGCAGCCACGCAAACUCUGAAAUUCCACAAUCAUUUCCCGCCAGACGCCCUCGACAAGAAGGACUUGGAUCAAAGUUUGACUACCGAUGGCACCGUCUUCUCGAGUCCCCCGCUGAAAAGGCCAAAAAUGGUGCCCCCCCUCAAUGAGAGGGUCAUGCUGUACGUGAGGCAGGACUCGGAAGAAGUGUACACACCUCUGCAUGUGGUUCCCCCCACCACAAGCGGACUACUCAAUGCUAUUGAGAAUAAGUACAAAAUUUCUACUUCAAGCAUUAGUAACUUGUAUCGAAAAAACAGAAAAGGGAUUAUAGCCAAAAUUGACGACGAGAUGAUCAAGUAUUACUGCAAUGAGGACAUGUUCUUACUCGAAGUACAACAUUCAGAUGAGAGUGAAGAAUUAAUAGACAUAAUUUUGGUGGAACUAAUGGAUCAUUAGCACGCGAAUGUGAAAUGAGUAAAUUAUUGUGAAUCAAAACUCGUGAUUGAAGAACCAUCGUGUCUUUCUUCAGUUGUUAAUCAAACAUGAUAAUUGGCUGAUCAGCGAUUACUGUAUUUAUUGAUUGAAUGAUGCUGAAAUGGACAAUCAGAUCACUUUUCCAAGAAGAGGAUAAUAAAUUUAUAGAUUUAUUCUUUGUAUGUAAAUUUUUGUUGAUUGUAUUAUUAUAUUUAUCGCAAUAUUAGUUGUAUAUCAUUUGCUCUUCGUGAAGGAUGGUGCAACUCAAAUGCCUUGAUGUGCCUACAACUUAUUAAUUGAAUGUUGAUGAAUUAUAUAAGUGGUUUACAAUGCAAUCUUUUUGAUUAGCGACUUAGCAUUUACAAUAUAGUGCAGAUGCAAUUUUAGUAUAAUACGGCUUAAAAUGGAUAGAAGGGUAGGAUAUUGUCAGUGCUUUAAAGACAUUGUGCUAUGUUGAUGAUUAAGAUCAUUGUCUGUUGAAUAUUCGUAUUUUAAAUGUUGAUUUUGUGUACCUAGGCAUUUUGAUUGGAAGUGGUUAGGUUGAAAUUGAAUGCGAUAUAUACUAUCGACCAAUUCUGGUUCGAUUCAUGAAAGAAUGCGCCUGUAUCUGAAAUAAAUUUGAUGAUUUUAAUCGACGAAAUCUUGCCAGAUCUUGUGCUAAUGAACUCAUUAGUUUUAGUUAUUGUUUUUAUUACUAUUGUUGUAUCUUUUAUUUACGUUAUUGUGUUAUUCCUUUGAAUGACAGCUAUGAGUGAUGAUGCAGUCGAUAAGUUGUAUAAACUACGAGCUGUUUCAAUUGUGUUAUCUAUUUCAAUGUUCAUGACAGAGUGCUCAAUUUUCAUCAUCUUCUGAAUAGGUAGUUUUAAAUUGAAUUGCAACAAUUUUUUUCUUUUGAAAGAAUGAAAUUCUAACAUGACUUUCGUCCAUCUUAAUAUUUAUUUGAAUUUAUCUGAAUUUAGGUUUAGGUAUGAUCUCAUAACACCAAUGGUGAACUUUGAAAGCCAUAUAUGUAAUAGAUUAAAGACGAGAAUCAAAACUUGAUAAGUUGUUUGAAACGACCAAAAACAAUAUUGAUUUUGCAAACGUUUCAUUCAAUAGAUCACACUGGAUAAUUUGCGGGAUAAGCUACAAGUGCAAAACUAGUAGGCUUUGAACAUUGACAGUUUUCUAAAAUUCAAAACGUUUAUUGGGAAUUCAUUUUGAAUGUUUAUUCAUUUUGAUUUUGAUAAAUAAUUAGCUCUUCCCUGUAAGGAGAGCUUCAUACUGUUAUCAAUCUGAAUUCAAGCUGGCAUAGACUGGUAUACAAGAAAUAGGACAUUUUGAAAUCAAAAUUAAAUUAGAGCAAUGCUGAACAUGGAUUAACUUGUACAAAUUUAAUAAUAUGGAAAUCAAUCUAUCACUGGACUUGUGCUUCAAGUAAGUGAAUGUAAUAUAAUUAUUGAUUUUAUUCCAUUUUUCCAUCGAUAAUGUUAUUGUUAUUUCAUAACGUCCGCGUGAGCUGUGUCUAGGUGGUAAUUUUUCGAAUUUUAAAGUGAUUUUCUACAUUUAAGUGUUCUAUGUUUUACAAUUAAGUGUUCUUUUAAUUUAUAAAAGUAUCUAAAUACUUUUCUCAUAUUGUUUCAUGCUCUCUUUUUUUAAUAUAUAAUUGGGAAUUGUUAACUUAUCUAUUAUAUUUUCCGUUCAUGUAAGUAGUUAGAGUAGGGAAUAAACGAUUUCCAAGAGCUAUAUUCCAAUAUAUAUUUUAAACAUCAAAACUUUUAUCUAGUUAGAUGUAUUCAAUGUAAAAAUAGUCUAGAAUGUAUCCAAAUUAUCGAUAUUUUAUCUGAGCUCUCUAUUAUUAUCAUCAUAUUUUUGUAAAUUUCAUGACAAAUAUUUCUCAUUAAUUUAAGAAUGUAAUUUUAUUUUUUGAAUAGUGAUAUACUAUUGAAAUCAAAACUGGUGAACUAUUAUAAUUUAGGGAAAUUUGCAAUCGACAAUGUAAAUCAAAUAAUUCUAACAACCUUAUCCAGGAACCGUGAACCAUUGCCAUUCUUAAUGUUAAACCUUGUUAUGAGAACUAAAACAUUCCAGGACAUCUCAUAUAUGUAUAUCAUCCUUGAAUGGAAAAAGAAGUAGUUAAGAUUUAAUUAGUCUGUAUUCAGAUUUUAGACAAGUUGAGAUAGGAUAAUUACAAAACCAUACUCCAAUACUUUACAAUUUUUAUAUUAUGAUUACAAUAGUAAUAUUGUAUAAUGUAUCUAUAAAUUUGCUCAAUUUUACAUCCUAUUCCAUCAUCAUAGCAAUACGUAAUGGAGAAGAAAUCCAUUGUAAUGACAAUUUUUUAUUUUGAACUACCUUAUUAUAAAAAUGUGUAGCGUACUGCACAAUUUUUCCAAACAUUUGCGUUAUUUAGACGUCACUGGUUAUGCUUUACAAUUUAUAUUAGAAUAUAAACUCUUUUCUAAUAUUUUGAGGAUAAAUAAGACAAAUUCGCAUUGAUUUCUGGAAUGGAAUAUUACAAAUAAAUUAAUUUUCCCUUUCAAUAGGAAUUUAUUGUGAAAAUGAAUUUUCGAGCAUCACAAUUUUCCAUCGAUCUAAAGACUCCAAUGAAAGUGCCAUGUUUUUGUAUAAUAUACAGAAUUUCUGAAUAUUUCUUCAUGAUUUACUAGUGAUCAAGCAUUGUAUAAAUUGUUUCAUAGAAAUUGUUUACCUCUCAGUGCAUUUAUUAGGAGGACAAUAAUAGUAUUAUUGUUCAUGCUCAUUAUCAUAAUUAUAAUAUAUUUAGAUGAAUUAUUUUGAGAAAACCUUUGUUUCAGUUAAGAAUUGUAACCACUCAUAGUGUAUGUUUAAAAUUGUUAUAUUGUACAAAUCUGAAUUAUUACAUAAAUACAUUUAUUUUAAAA